ACAUGGAGAUGCAGGCAUUGGGUCAAGAAAGAAGACUUAAAGACAGCCGGCAAGAUAACAGAUAACCAACAGAAAACAGAACAGAGCAGCUGAGGAAGUUUCAGGAACAAACCAGACCAAGAAAGACAUAAAUCUCCUUCAGGUAUCCAGCAUGCGUGCUCUGGUGGUUUUGCCUCUGCUUUUGUGUGCAGUGGUGUGCGUGGUCCAGGUGAGAGCAGAGGUGAAGGCAGUGAAGCUAUGCGGUCGAGAGUUCCUGAGGGCCGUCGUUUACACCUGCGGGGGCUCCCGUUGGAGGAGAGUCCUCAGUGAGUCAGACAUGGACGGUUUGCCCACAGGGGAGCAGGGCAGUUUGGAGAGCCUGAGCAGCAGCAGCCCGGGCUCCGAGUUGACCAAACGGGAUAUGAAUAACAUACUGACCACCGUGUGCUGCCAGGUGGGUUGCAGGAAGAGCGACCUCACCUUCCUCUGCUGAGGACAACCUCCCCUCUUCUUCUUCCUUUCUCCAAAAUGACUCUGCUAUCUCCCGUCUCGCCUUAGUAGAAAGCAAAUCUCAAUCAAAAUACUGAUGUUUUAAAACAAUACCAUCACUGUAUUGUAUGUACAACAAGGCUCAUAUCCACACUUUAAGUGAUUGCUUUUAAUAUUUUUUUUUAGAGUUAUUACUUUACCUUGUAAGGUUUGUAGAUGUGAAUGUGGACCACGUUUGUAAACAUGUUUCUGAAUCCGAGUUGGAACCAUAAGAAUAGAUUUUAUUAUAAUAAACUUAUGGACAGAUA